CUCAGUUCGUUGUAAGAUGGCUUCAGGAUUGGUUCAGUCUUGUGUUGUGUUUUGUUUCUGAGGGGGCACCAGGCCUUUGUAUCAGAAUUCAGUCUUUCUUAUCAUACACAGGAAAGAUUACCUUUCAGGAACAACCCACAAAACAAGUACUCGUCGGAGAAGGUAGAAGGAAGCCCUGUGUGCAGUGGGGGAGUUUUGUUAGUAAUUUUAGUACUCGUAAUUUUUUUUGAGUUUUGUGUGCGUGCGUUUCCAAGUAUAAGAGAACAUAAGGAUAAAAUAUAUAUACGCGAAAUAGUUAUAUAUAUUUUUUUUGACAAAUCGAAAGUGGAAUUUCGGUGAGCGGUGUGCAGUUUUAUUUGUGAUAUCCGAUUAUGCAAGUGGAACGGCGAGAUGAGGUGGUUCGGGAGGACUUGCUGAAGAAGCCGGCAGCUGCGAGGGAAGUUCCUGACGAUGGGCCGAGUAGCCCUGGUUCCGUCCAGCCGCCGUGGGCCGCCGAAGAGCAACGACAAGUUCCUCCAUCGGCGUACCUCCUGGCCAACAGGUACAUCCUUCUAGAUCCUCCGGAAGGAUGUCCUCUUCACACUUGUGUAGACGUUACGACCGAGAAGGAGAUGGUCUGCAGGGUGGUCGGCAGGGACUGCACGGGCCUCGUCUCGGCCCACCUUAGGCUGGAUGGCCAUCCGCGGAUCAACCCACUCCACGAAGUAGUUCUCGGAGAGGAGUACAUGUACCUGGUUUUCCCCGGUUCCUCGGGAGACCUCCACUCGCACGUGAGGUCGAGGAAGAGGUUAAGGGAGACGGAAGCGAGGCGGCUCUUCCGGCAAGUGGCGGAAGCGGUCGCAGCCUGCCACGAGAGGGGCGUAGUCUUAAGAGAUCUCAAGCUGAGGAAGUUCGUCUUCUCGGAUUCUUCUAGGACGGAACUGAAAUUGGAGAGCCUGGAAGAUGCGGUAGUGCUCGAGGAUGGGGAUGACGAUGUCCUCCAAGACAAGAGGGGAUGCCCCGCUUAUGUAAGUCCUGAGAUACUCAGGAGUCAUGCGAGGUAUUCCGGCAGAGCUGCUGACAUGUGGUCCAUGGGAGUCAUUCUAUACACUAUGCUUGUUGGAAGGUAUCCAUUCAACGAUGCAGAACAUGCAAAUCUGUUUGUCAAGAUAAGCAGAGGACACUUUGUAAUUCCUGAAUGUUUAUCGUCAAGGGCAAAAUGCCUUAUUAGGAGCCUCCUGAGACGGGAGCCGCAAGAAAGGCUGACCGCAUCAGACGUCCUUAUUCACCCCUGGCUAGUUCAGGAAGAAAAACUUUGCCUCAAUACAUCUCAUGACCAAGUCGUGCCAGAUAUGUAAAAAAAGAACUAACCGUCCGUGUUCCUCCCCUCCCAAUCCGGGUCCCUAAAUACUAUUAUUGUAAAUCAGAACUAUCUAUUCUCGUCUUAAGAUAAAUUAUUAGUCUUAGUUAUUUUUGUGUAUAGCAAUGACUCCCACCUAUGUACAUUCAUGUUAUGAACUAAAUGUAUGUAUGUACUUUGAUGUCAGGCCUGGAGCCUAAAAAGAAUAUGUUUCAUUGUAAAUAGUACAUAAGAUAUGAAAUCUUAGUCUUUGUUGUUUCAGAAUGUUUUAAAACUAUUAUGAAAUUAUGUGAAAUUGAUGUUUCAUUACUGUAAAAAAGGAAAAAAAUGUUGAAAAUUAGAUAAUUUAUUGAUAGAAAUGCCCUUGUGAUCUAUUUAAAAUGAAGUACAGAAGACGAAUGGGGUUUUCCUACCAAUAAUAUGUGAUUCCAUAUUCCUAUAUAAGACAAGGUAUGUGGUUCGUAUAUGGUCGAGUUGUAGACUUUUAUAAGACUGAAAAUCUAAAUGACACGCCCAAAUCAGCAGAGACAGUUCUUAAAUUAUUCUAGUUAUUAGAAAUUUCAUUAAAUCUAUGAAAAUUUAAAAAAAUAUAUUAAUUACACUGGUACUGUGCCAAAAUAAGUGAUAAUUUCGAACAAAUCUCUGUUGUACUGGGUUGUGGUUUUACAUAAGACCUUGGUUCGAAAGGAUUGCCACACGACUGAAUUGUAAAUAUAUAAAUAAUUAUAUUAUUACUGUAACUUUUUCUUGUUUUGUAAAUAUUUAACUAUUGUGAAUACUGCUCUGUUGCUAGUUUCGUGUUAGUUAAAAUACAUAAAUUGUACUUAGAA